AUGUCGUCGACCGAUCCGUCCUCCGCUGUUGCCCAGGAUGCUGUAGACCCCGCGUUGUCGACGUCCUCGGCCCCGGGUCCCGACCAGGCCUCGAGCGCUGCUGAGCCCGCCAACGCGUCGUCCUCGACCUCGUCGUUGCCCUCGAACCCGACGGUGACGACGAUUGUCGCCGAGAAAGCCAACGGCGAAGGUUUUGUCGUUCGCGAACAAGGCGAGAACGGUACAAUCGAGGUGAGUUGCAGCUUGCGCUGUCGAGCCUGUGUGGGGAGUGCGGUGUGAGCCUUUGUGUGUGCUCUUGGUAUAUCGUGCGCGGCGCCGGCCUUCGUCUGCUGCUGCAGCAGCCCCAGCACCCGAGCACCCAAGCACGGUCGAACUGCGACGAAUCCGCCGAAGCGAGCCGGAUCGACCGAGACGAUUUGCCCACCGAAGUGCGCUCGCUGCUGGGGUGGAAGGGCGUCAAUGUAGUGGUGAUGAUGCGCGACAGUGUUCCGUCACCGAAGGUUCGCCAUGCUAUCCCGAUGCGAUGCGUGUGCGUGCGUCCUGUGGCUAUCAUGUCCUCCACGCCUGGCGGGCCGGCCCGACUUUGGCGUUUCGCCUCGCGUGCUGCUCUCGCUGGGUCUAUGCGAAUUUCAGAUCUGGGUUCGAGUGGUCACUUGAUUAAGUGCACCGAGUGUCUCAUCUGUGACAUCGACGUGUAUCGCCAUUUUCGGGUUGCCCCAGCUCGCCAGGGUUUUUGGAGGGCUGCAAUGGCUCUAUUGGCUGCCCGUCGUGUCGCGGCGCGCAUCGCUCGCUGGCCUGUUUGGGCGCGUCAGUCGACGCGUUCGGCGCUCCGCUGUCCCGUCACGGGACUUCUAGAAUGCUCGCAGCCUCCGCGACAGCGCAUAACUUUGCGGCCUCUUCUUGCCACAUUGCUCACUCAAAUUGCACGAUUACAUCAUCGAGUCCUGAAUACUGAUCUUCUCCUGUCCCUUGCCUUCUGUGCUCUGUUCAAAGCGCUCGAAGGAGGAGAUGGCUGCUCAAGCACCGGCGCUCGUGGCUGCCUUCAACGCCCCGGGCCCUCUUCCUUCUCUUCUCAAGAAUGGCACUGAAGGCUCUUCAUCGGUAAUCAACGGUGAUUCGACUGCUGCUAUCGAUCCAGCUUUGGAUGCUGCCACGCAGGAACCGGCUCCAGAGGCGGCUGACGCCGAAAAAGCGAUCUUCAAACCGAAAUCGGCACCGGCACCAGUUCCGGCGCCUCCUAUCGAACAGUUCACCGGCAUCGACGUCAAGUCGCGCUCGCGCGCUGCUAAGAACUCGCUUGGGGCGAAGCACUAUGCCGAGGGUCCUGAUGAAGAGGAGGAGGAGGAGGAGCUCGAGCGCAGUCGCCCGGUUGCCGACGCCGACAGCUUCCAGGGUGAGGAAACGUCUGAAUCCGAGGAUGUCGACGAUGACUCGGACGAAUCCGACUUCGUGGAUGACGAGAACGCCGUCGUCACCAGAAAGCGCAAAGGGCGCAAAGGCAAUAGCAAGAAGAAGAAGAAGCCGGCCAAGAAGGUCAAGAUUACCUCGUCUCGCUCACUGCGGGUCCCUGGGUUCUCUGCCGAGGGUACUCCUCUCGGCGACGGUGACGACGUUUCCAUGUCCGAGACCGCUUCGGCUGUCGCCGAAGGUCGAGGCGCUCGUCGCGGUGCGCGCGAUCGCGUUAUCUCUCGAAUUGGCGAUGAAGGCGACGAUUCCGACACUUCACCCGCCGCGCCCCAAAAGGCCGAACGCGGUGGUGCCUUGACCUCGGAUUCCGACCGCAACGUGGUCGAGGAGUACGAGUACUCGCAACUGCCCCAGUUCCGUCACCGAACCUUUUGCGGCCGAUGCGGCCGGGAACCCGUACCCGUCCUUAUGCGCGCCCUCAAAGCCAAGAAGAAGAAGAAUGGCAACAAAAAGCGUCGACAGUCGCGUAAGCGCGACAGCGAUCUCGAGGAGGACUCUGAUCAAGAAGAGGACCGUGUCAGCAAGCUCGGCGCGUGGUUCAAGUGCGGCGUCUGCAUCGAUGUGUACCACUACCAGUGUCUUCCGGGCGCUCUGCGCAAGGAGUUCAUUGAUGAUCUCAAGGACGAGCAUCUUCAAGACCACCUCGCCAAGUACCCGCCUUUGCCUGUACCAGACCCGGACCCUUCCACAUAUAUCCCUGAUCCCGUCACAGGUCGCAUGGUGCCUCCUCCCCCCGGCCCGCCCGUGCCAUCGCAACCGUUGCCCACGCGUGUCAAGAUCGAAGAGGAUGCACGCCGAAUCUUUGAACUGCGCAAGUGCUGGACCUGCAAAAAGCGCGGUGGCCGUCGAUGCCUCUCCUGCGGUGUCAGUGGUCGCAAGUAUCUCCCUCGUACGUUUGCCGUCAGCAUGGAAGAUCUCGACAGCAUAUCUGGACCCACGCAACCUGUGCUCACUGUCCGGAUUCAUGUUCUCACAGCUCCUAUGAAUGCCGCGGGCGAUGACGCUGCCGCUGCGGAUGGUAAGGCCGCCACAAACCCGGCCGUGAAGGCGAUCGCCGCUCAGCCACCUACACUGCUCGUGGAGGAGUCGGCCCCUCCCUCAAAAGCACAAUCACUCGUGAACGGCGAAGGAGGCGACGGUUCCGCCGACGAGCCCGAAGGCGGCCUCAUGUUCCGUUGCAGCAAAUGUCGACGAGCUUCUCACUAUGAGUGCCUCGACUAUUUCGGAACUUCGAUCGAAGAGUCGGCCGAGUCCUACUACCUCGACGGCCACUGCCACGACUGCUACCAGUGGAAUGUCCCUCUCGAUGUCAUCCUCGCGUGGCGAGAAGACAAGCCCGGCGAAGGAGCCGAACCCGAGGCGGUCGAGGAAGGCGACAUUGUCGAUCAGUCCGCGAUGGUCGAGAAGAGGGAUGCCAAGACCGGCCAGGUCUACCAGAUUCCUUCGUCGAAAGAUCCUUCUGCCCGUGCAAGCUACCUCGUCAAGUGGCAAGGCUCAUCCUACCGAACGUUGGACUGGGUCCCCCACGCUUUCCUCGUUGCGGCAUACCCGGCCAAGCUCAACAACUUCCUCUCGCGUGGGUCGACUGUCAACUUUGAUCUGCCGACCCAGGAUGAUCCCGAGGACGACGAGGACCCGAGCAAACCGCGUGAGCUCCCGAUCAUGGCCCCUUUGCCCGACCCGGAUGCCGAGGAUCGCAUUCCCAAGAGCUGGAAGACCGUCGACCGCGUUCUCGACAUCUUCUAUCACGCGAAAACGGAGGGUCGCGAGCCCGUCAACUGGCGCAACUGGCGAGGCGGUCCCGAAGACCCCGAUGAAAGCGUCAAGCUCGUUGCCAAAGGUUUCUUCAAGUGGUGCGACCUCCCUUACGGAUCGGCUACCCGCGAGGAGCCGCCCGAGCCUACCGACCCUGGAUAUAUCGAAUACGUUCAAGCCUACAAGCGCUUCCUUAUUGCGAACCAGCCGGCCAUGCGAGUGCCAACGCUCACACCCAAGCAGAUGGACGACCUCGACAGACCUCGGGGCAACAGGGACAACUUCAAGCCGGUUUCGGAGCAGCCGUCUUACAUCGUCGGAGGCAACCUCAUGCCGUUCCAGCUCGCCGGUGUCAGCUUUAUGUACUUCCAGUGGUGGCAACGAAAGGGCUGCAUUCUUGCCGACGAGAUGGGUCUCGGCAAGACGGUGCAGAUCAUCACCUUCCUGUCGGUCUUGCACCACGAGCACGCCGCUCGGCCUUUCCUUGUAACGGUCCCCAACUCGACGAUCGGCAACUGGGUACGCGAGUUCGAGCGCUGGGCCCCGUCUAUGCGCGUCGUCCCCUUCAGUGGUGACGUCGAGUCCCGUCAGAUCAUUGAGGAGUUCGAGCUGUACGACCCCAAGGGUCAGCUCAAGACGCACGUCGUCCUCGCGACGUACGAAGCCCUUGAGAAGAACAUCGCCGUUUUCCAACGCGUACAACGCUGGGAAUGCCUCGUCGUCGACGAAGGCCAACGUCUCAAGAGCGGCAAGAAUGGUCUGCUCUUCGUCGCGUUGCAGAGUCUGCGCAUCACCCAUCGUGUCUUGUUGUCGGGAACGCCGCUCAACAACAACCUCGAGGAGCUGUUUAAUUUGCUCCACUUCAUUGAUCCCCAGAAGUGGACCGAUAUGGACGUCAUCACAGAGCGCUACGCCGAACUCACGCCCGAAAAGGUCGAAGAAGUGCGCGAGAUCCUCAAGCCUUACUUCCUACGUCGUACCAAAGAUCUCGUGCUCAACCUGCCUCCCUUGACCGAGAUCGUCGUUCCCGUUUCCAUGUCGGUGCUCCAACGUCAGAUCUAUCGCAGCGUGCUCGAACACAACGCGGCGGCGAUUGAGAGCAUUUUCCAAAAGACGGCGGUGACGAAGAAGCGCAAGACGAGUUUCAACAACGUCUUGAUGGAGCUGCGCAAAGUCCUUUGCCAUCCUUACAUCACCGCGCCCGAGAUUGAACCCCGUGGAGUCGGACCGCAACAAGAGUUGACGAAUCUCAUCGAGGCGUCGUCCAAAUUUGUCUUGCUGUCGAAGCUUCUUCCCAAGCUCAAGGCUGCGGGGCAUCGUGUUCUUGUCGUGAGUCCCUUGGACGAUUCGCCCCAUGCUCUCUAAUGUCGUUCUCAGCUGACCAUUACCCAUCUCUGUCACUGCCCUCCAUAGUUUUCGCAAUUCAAGAUCGUCUUGAACAUCAUCGAGCCUCUCCUUCAAGGGCUUAAGCUCAAGUACCUGCGAUUGGAUGGUGACACUAAGCAACUUGACCGUCAACGAGGCAUCGACGAGUUCAACGCACCCGACUCGGACUACUUCUGUUACCUCUUGUCGACCCGUGCCGGUGGUGUUGGUAUCAACUUGACCACCGCUGACACGGUCAUCAUGUUCGAUCAAGGUGAGUCGGUCGAUCCGCCAUCCUCUAGUGAGCGAGCAGACGACUAAUCUGUUUCCAUCUUUCCAGACUUCAACCCCCACCAGGACAUCCAGGCCAUAUCACGUGCUCACCGUAUCGGACAAAAGAAGCCCGUUCGUGUGUUCAAGCUCCUCGUCAAGCAAUCUUGCGAGGAGAAGAUCUUCACGGCUGGUACGCGCAAGCUCGGUCUUGAUCAUCUGAUCAUUCAACGAAUUGAUGCCAAGGACGAGACGGAGGACGUCGAGACGAUCCUUCAGUUUGGUGCCAAGGCCGUUUUCGACGACAAGGAGGCCGAGGCGACGGCCAUUCGCUACAGCGACGCCGACAUCGACGAGCUGUUGGUCCGGAGUGCCGAGCCGCUGAAGGCCGAGGCGCAGUCGGCCGCUGGAACGUUCGCCCAAGCCAAGAUUUGGGAACGCGGGGAACUGGACACCGUCAAUGUUGAUGGCGAGCAAGAGAGCGAGAACAUGCAUGGCUUCUGGUCCACGAUCUUGCAAGAGCAGGAAGAGGCGGAGCGCCAGAGGCGGCUGCUGGCUAGUGCUCAGAGUGGGCGUGGCAAGCGCCGGUCUACGGUAAGCUCAUUGAUCUGCUUGAUUAAUGGUGGUCUAGAGCACGAGCUCAUCUGUCGCUUGUUGAUUAUCGUAGGUUCAUUAUCAACCGGACGGGCAGUCCAAGGGUAACAAGCGACGGAAGGGCGACCACGAAUUCGACGACGAUACCGAGUCAGACGACUUCGUCGACGAAGAAGUGCGCUCUGAUGGUGACAGUGGCGACGACUUCCGCCCCGUCAACCCUGCCGACCGUGCUGUCGAUCGCGCUGUUCGCGAUUCGGCUCGCCAGGAUGCCCGGUCCGAUCGUCCGGUCGGUGUGGGCUUCGGAAUGAAGCUCGGUCGUCGUCGUCGCGAGAUGUCGCCCGCUUCGAAGCACGUCGCCGAUGUCGAACGCAAGCACCGCAGAAGUCAGAUCAUUCUGACUCUCGCGCAAGCCGCCGCUGGCUUUGGCGACGAAGAGCUGGACGACUUGCUCACCAAAGCAGCCGCCGCCCACGAUCGCAUCGAACAGACGCAGCUCAUGGAGGAGGCGACUCGCCGACUCUUGAAAUUGCACGAUGAAUACGUGCCGCCCGCCGAAGGCACGUCGGUGCAGGAGGACGGGGCGGAUGCCAAGCCCGAAGUUGAAGAAGCGACGGAGAUUGCCAAACCAACGGCUUCGGCUCCCUCGGUCGGUGGCGUUAAGGAAGAUGACCCGCCCGAGCCAAUGCAGGUCGAUGACUCCACUGCUGUAUCACCGCAAGAGCCCACUCCAGUAGUCGAAACCAAGCCCGCAGCUCCGGAAGGGUCAACGACCAAGGCACAAGAACUGUAUGAUCUAUUUAAGCCUCGAUUCAAGAAGGAGACGAACGCUGCUGCGGAAACGACGCCUUCAGGCCGGCCGUCGCGCUCGUCGCCACGCAAGGAACGCGGACCAUCUGUAGGAAGCAGUACACCAGGCCCGGCGGCCGGCGUGGGAGGAAAGCGAUCAACUCGGGCCCGCCAGUCCAUCACCGAUGCCAUGGACCCGACCGAGGGUGACGACGGAAGUGACUUCUCGGUCCCCGGGGCACAGGACGGUGACGACGAUGACUCGGACGAAGAGCCUUACGAGGAAGACGACGACGACGACGAGUUUGGGAAAACCAAGAAGCGGGGUCGUCGCUCGACGGGCAGGCAAGCUGGGACCAGCUCCAAGAAGAAGAGGAUUUAUGACGAGUCGGAUGAAGAGUACGAUGAGUAG